ACCUCUCCGCCAUCCGGUGGGGUGUUGUUGCAAUGGUGGCGUCGGUGGGACAUUGAAUGACUUUGGCUCCAUCGCGAAAAAGAAACAGAUUUAACAGUUUAACACAGCAACCGCGAGCAUGGAGGCUCUCAUUCCGGUGAUAAACAAGCUCCAGGACGUGUUCAACACUGUGGGUGCGGAUGUUAUACAGCUGCCGCAGAUUGCGGUAGUGGGGACUCAGAGUAGUGGGAAGAGCUCUGUGCUGGAGAGCCUGGUUGGCAGAGACCUGCUUCCUCGCGGGACUGGUGUUGUAACCAGGCGACCUCUCAUCCUCCAGCUGGUCCACGUGGAACCUGGAGACGCCAGGAAAAAUGAUGACGGUGGCAGAGAAGGUGAAGAGUGGGGCAAGUUUCUACACACCAAAAAUAAGAUCUACACAGAUUUUGAUGAAAUCAGGCAAGAAAUUGAAAGUGAAACGGAGCGAGUGUCUGGGAAUAAUAAGGGAAUCAGCGAUGAACCCAUUCAUCUCAAGAUAUUUUCCCCUCACGUUGUCAACCUCACACUGGUGGAUCUGCCAGGAAUCACCAAGGUGCCCGUGGGUGAUCAGCCUAAGGACAUCGAGGUUCAGAUAAGAGAUCUAAUCCUGAAGCACAUCUCCAACCCCAACUGCAUUAUCCUGGCUGUCACGGCGGCUAACACAGACAUGGCCACCUCGGAGGCUCUCAAGGUGGCCCGGGAGGUCGACCCUGACGGCAGGAGGACACUGGCUGUCGUCACCAAGCUGGACCUGAUGGACGCUGGGACCGAUGCCAUGGACGUGCUCAUGGGCAGGGUCAUCCCCGUCAAACUGGGCCUCAUCGGAGUAGUCAACAGGAGCCAGCUGGACAUCAACAACAAGAAGUCGGUGGCCGACGCGAUCCGGGACGAACACGCCUUCCUGCAGAAGAAGUAUCCGUCUCUCGCAAACAGAAACGGGACCAAAUACCUGGCCAGGACCCUUAACAGGCUACUGAUGCAUCACAUCCGGGACUGUCUGCCCGAGCUCAAGACACGGAUCAACGUCCUGGCGGCUCAGUACCAGUCCCUGCUCAGCAGCUACGGGGAACCCGUCGAGGACCAGAGCGCCACCUUGCUCCAGCUCAUCACCAAGUUCGCCACGGAGUACUGCAACACCAUCGAGGGCACGGCCAAAUACAUCGAGACGGCAGAGCUGUGCGGAGGAGCUCGAAUUUGUUACAUAUUCCACGAGACUUUUGGCAGAACAUUAGAGUCCGUGGAUCCUCUGGGAGGACUGAGCACUAUAGACAUCCUAACAGCCAUCAGGAACGCAACAGGGCCUCGUCCCUCCCUGUUCGUGCCCGAGGUUUCCUUCGAGCUCUUGGUGAAGAAGCAGGUGAAGCGCCUCGAGGAGCCCAGUUUGCGCUGCGUGGAGCUGGUCCACGAGGAGAUGCAGAGGAUCAUCCAGCACUGCAGCAACUACAGCACUCAGGAGCUGCAGAGGUUCCCGAAGCUGCACGAGGCCAUCGUAGAAGUAGUCACCUCGCUCUUGAGGAAGAGACUUCCCAUCACCAAUGACAUGGUACACAAUUUGGUUGCGAUCGAGCUGGCCUACAUCAACACUAAGCAUCCAGACUUUGCAGAUGCCUGCGGGGUCAUGAAUAACAACAUAGAGGAGCAAAGGAGAAACCGGAUGCGAGAGCUGCCCACUGCAGUGCCCAGGGAUAAGUCUGCUGGCAAAGGCCCGGCAGGCCCAACUGUGGUUUCUGGCGAGCCCCCUGCGUCUGGAGCAGACAUGGACGGUGCCAAGCCCCCAGCAGGCGGAGCCCAGGGCGAGCAGGACGGCACAGGGAACUGGAGGGGGAUGCUGAAAAAAGGCGAGGAAGCCCCGGGCUCUGGACCCGGAAGCCCCCUCAAAGGAGCCGUCAACCUCCUUGAUGUGCCUGUCCCCGUCGCCAGGAAGCUGUCGUCACGUGAGCAGCGGGACUGUGAGGUCAUCGAACGCCUCAUCAAGUCGUACUUCCUUAUUGUCCGCAAGAACAUUCAAGACAGUGUGCCAAAAGCAGUGAUGCACUUCCUGGUCAACCAUGUGAAGGACAGCCUCCAGAGUGAGCUCGUUGGCCAGCUGUAUAAAUCUGGCCUCCUCAACGACCUGCUGACCGAGUCGGAGGAUAUGGCCCAGCGACGUAAGGAGGCUGCCGACAUGCUCCAGGCAUUGCAGAGAGCCAGUCAGGUGAUUGCUGAGAUCAGGGAAACACAUCUGUGGUGAAAAAUGAAGCCGUUAUCUCCUCAUCACGCCCAAAGGAACGAUGCUCCAUCAUGUCUAAACUUGAAGUUUUUGGAUUUGGCACCAUGAAAAUGUUGUAGGUAUCACACUGGCUUAGAAAGCUACUUGAAAGAAAAUGUAUGUCCACUGAAGUUAUUUAAAAAUGCUUGUUGUUUAGAGUACAUGAAAAUGCACUGCUGUCUGCUAAUGUUCAAGGUAAGAUUUUUAGAAGCUGUAGUCAACACCCACAACUCCAGAAAGAAGCGAGUGUAGCCGAAGGCAAAGUACGUUUCAUUUUUGACAGACUGGUUAACCAGUGUUGAAAUGGACUUGAAAUGAAAGUUUUGAUGCUAUUUUUGGCAAAGCACUCUGAACAGUGUUUUGGCUUCGGGUUAUAAAGAAAUCAAGUAAUAUUCAGCCGCUCAUUUGGAAACUUUUCAUAGAGGAGUAGCUGGUACGUGUCAGAAACCAUGGAAACCUCCAUCACUUUAAUUUUUGCACUAUUGUUGCCACACUGUACUGUACAGCCAGUCCACCAUCCUGACACUGUAUUGCUGCCCAUCUUUAUUUAUUAACGUGUUAUUUAAAUAUGUGGAUAAUGUCAUGAGCAUUAUUGCAGUUAGUCUUCUAAUUACGUUUACAUAUCGCUGCCUAUCUGUGAAAUUUAACGUGCACUGUGCUUCUGUGUAUGGUUCCCAAGAGAAAGAAUAAAUAGAGGUAUUUUACUGCCA